GUUUGAUACAUGGCAUUAUUGAAAUCUUCUCAGCAUCACAAUAGUCUUUGAUUUGAUUGUUCUGUCAUGUCAGAGAUACGAAGAAUUCGAUAAUAAAGGAAGAAUCUUCAACAUCUUCCACCAAACACAUAGUAGCUAUUUUGCCUGGCUUCUUAAUAAAAAAAAAAAUUUUUAAAAAAAAAAUGGCCAUGUUCCUCUUCCUUCACAAAUGGAAGUUUUUCCAUGUCUUUCUCAAUUUGGCCUUCAUGUUCAUGGUACUAUGCAUCUUGCUCCACCUCGAUUCAUCGUCGAAUUCGGCUUUCUUAAACAACUCCAUCACACAAGGGAAGAAUUCAUCCAUCAAUGCAUACAAAAUCUCAAUGGAAGAAGACAUUAGUUGUAAAGGAAUUCAUAGGUACAAUGAUAGGCUUGGGAAGUGCUUGUAUGUGAAAUCUCACCAGGGAUGUCAGCCUAAAGGUUACAUUUGUUAUUUGCAACUGUUUUAUUGCACAUUUAGCCCAAGUCUUGGUUACAGUUUACUAUCAAUUUGGCUAGUUCUGUUAUUCUACCUUCUUGGUGAUACAUCAAGCAGAUACUUUUGCACCUCACUAGAAGGCCUAUCAAGAGUUAUGAAACUUUCUCCUACAAUUGCUGGAGUAACCCUUCUUUCUUUAGGAAAUGGUGCCCCUGAUGUUCUUGCAACUGUGAUUUCCUUCAUGGGUGAUGGAGAUACUAAAGAUAUUGGCCUAAACAGCAUCUUGGGUGGUGUGUUCUUUGUUUCCAGUGUUGUGGUUGGGGUGAUUAGUAUCUGUAUUGAUCAUCAGGGUAGAAAGGUUAGUUCAUCCAGCUUCAUAGGAAAUUCCCUUUUCUUGCUGGCCUGCUUAUGUUGCCUUCUGGUGUUCAUCAUUGUAGGCAAGAUCAACUUGUGGGGUGCUCUCUGUUUCCUCUGUCUGUACUUCAUCUAUGUAGCUUUCAUUUUUACAUCAGAGCUUCUCGAAAAGCGCGAAAAAGAAUCCGAAAACUGGUGUUUGCCUGUGUCUACACCUCUACUAGUUUGCAAUGACUCUGUGAAUGACUGUGAUUCUGAAGUUCCUAAACAAAAUGGUACGAUAACGUGCAUUUUUCACGACUUUUGGUACGUGUUAGAGCUGCCUCUAGACCUGCCAAGGAAACUAACAAUCCCAAUCAUCUGUCAGGAAAGAUGGUCUAGGCCAAUUGCAAUGGUCUCAGCUGCAUUAGCUCCUGUUCUCUUGUCAACAAUAUGGAACUUACACUAUCAAAAAUCAUGGCUGGUUUUUCUCCCAAUUGUUGCAUCAGUAGCCAUUCUUUUAGCCUUGAUCCUUUUUUGCACAAGUGACAAGAACAAUCCACCAAAAAAGUACACUUUCAUAUGGCUUACAGAAGCAUUCUUCCUCAGCAUCACUUGGACUUAUAUACUGGCUCAAGAACUGAUUUCUCUGCUAGUUUCAAUUGGAAUCAUUCUGGGAAUUAGUCAUUCUUUCAUGGGAUUAACCAUACUAGCAUGGGGAAAUAGCUUAGGUGAUUUGGUGUCAAAUCUGACAAUGGCCAAAAAUGGUGGACCUGGUGGAGCCCAAACAGCAAUUUCAGGCUGCUUUGCGGGUCCAAUUUUCAACAUCAUUAUUGGGUUGGGCAUUUCACUUGCUAUCUCUUGCUGGUCUGUUUAUCCAUCUUCAUAUGUUAUAGUUAAAGACCAUUCUCUCUAUGAGACAUUUGGGUUUUUGAUGGUGGGCUUACUUUGGUCUCUUGUGGUGUUGACAAGGAGGAAGAUGAGGCUUGAUAAGUUGUUAGGGAUUGGGCUUGUAGCUAUAUAUUUUUGCUUUCUCGUGUUGAAAAUGGCUGAAAAUGUUGGCCUUGUAGUUGUAGAUGAGAAAGGUGACAAAGCCAAGGGGACGGGAAAUUACAUCAACAUCUAG